AUGGCUCCAGCUCUUGUCGAACAAGUCGUGGAACAGCAGACAGUUGGUUACAAGUCAGGUGUUGGACAAUAUAAAGAAGCGGGGUUUGGUGGGCCAAAAGUCUUUAGCAAAGACCUUGAGCUGAGAGGAACGGAUAUACAUGCACCAACGAGAUAUCCCAAUUAUCUGCCCGUCUGGGAUAAUGAGAAGGAGAAAUACGCCCCUCUCGAGCCUUUUCAGCACACUGAGCACGGCAAAGACGCCGACCCAUCGUUCCCCAACCUCUUAAAAGAUGCAAAGGUCGACGACUUGACUGCAAACAUCGGCGCUGAAGUCCACGGCGUUCAGUUGAGCAAGUUGACCGCUGCCGGCAAAGAUGAGCUUGCGUUAUUCGUCGCGCAAAAGAAGGUCGUUGCAUUCCGAGACCAGGACUUUGCAGACCUUCCGAUCCAGGACGCCCUCAACUACGGUGGCUACUUCGGACGACACCACAUCCAUCCCACAUCUGGAGCUCCAGAAGGGUAUCCUCAAGUCCAUCUCGUCCAUCGCGGAACUGAUGACACAUCCGCGCGCGACUUCUUUGAGGAGCGAACGAACUCGAUCACAUGGCAUUCCGAUGUCACUUACGAGAAGCAGCCACCUGGCACAACCUUCUUGUACCUGCUCGACGGACCCGCAGCCGGUGGCGACACACUAUUCGCCAACCAAGCGGCAGCAUACAAUAGGCUAUCUCCAGAGUUCCGCAAGCGUCUUCACGGUUUGAAGGUUGUUCACUCCGCCGUCGAGCAAGCCGACAACAGCAAGAACCGCGGCGGCAUCGUCCGUCGCGAUCCAGUGACUUCCAUCCAUCCAUUGGUGCGCACGCAUCCGGCUACUGGCGAAAAGGCACUGUUCGUCAACCCUCAGUUCAGCCGUCGCAUCGUUGGCUACAAGAAGGAGGAGAGCGACUUCCUCUUGAACUUCUUGUACGACCACAUUGCCAAGGGUCAGGACUUCCAGGCACGCGUCAAAUGGGCGCCGGGGACUGUUGUCAGGUUGUGGGGACAACCGGGUGACUGCCCAUUCGGCGCUCUUGGAUUGGGAUACCGGUGCGCGAAGACAUUUGGCGAGGAUCACGCCACAGGCUGAGGCGCCGUUUGAGACACCGCUGGAAGGGAAUGGUGGUGCAGUUCAGGGCUUCGAGUAUUAAAUUAUGAGCUGCAAUGAAAGCUUUGAGGACUAGCAAUUCCUCAUUUGUUA